CGGUUUGUAUUUGCUUUGUAUAUGUAUAUAAACUAGCUUGCCCAGCACUUUGCGAGAGGAUCUUUCCCUGCGCAGAGUUGCAAUGGCUCCGACAAUGGGCACGCUCUGGCUGAUGCUUCUCGCAGCAAGCGGUGCUCUAGCAGCACCCAAAGAAGAAAAACCCGUGCAGCUGGCAAGGGCUGGACGACAAGUGAUUAUUCCGGGACCGUCUUGCAGUAUUGGCCAAUUUCUCUGUGACAACGGGGAAUGCAUAAGCGAGGCCUGGAAGUGUGACGGGGACAACGACUGUGGCGAUUUCAGUGACGAACCGGCUUACUGUCCUCCAUUGGAACAGACGACUGCGACCACUGUAGCUACUCAGACUACAUGUACAACAUGUGGUCUUACCCGUCGCAGACGUAACCUACCGGUUCAAAAGCAAACUGCAGAAAAACCCGUGCAGCUGGAGAGGGAUGAACGACAAGCGAUUAUUGCGGGACCGUCCUGCAGUAUUGGCCAAUUUCUUUGUGACAACGGGAAAUGCAUAAGCGAGGCCUGGAAGUGUGACGGGGACAACGACUGUGGCGAUUGCAGUGAUGAACCGGCCAGCUGUCCUACGUCUGAAACGACGAUUGCGGAGACUACUACUUGUACAACAUGUGGUCUUACCCGUCGCAGACGUAACCUACCUGCAGCAGGUCGCAGUUGUAUACCCGUUCAAGAGCCAACCGCACCGGAUCAAGAGCCAACUGCAGCUCCGUUGGAACAGACGACUGCGACUACUGUAGCUGCUACUACUUGUACAACAUGUGGUCUUACCCGUCGCAGACGUAACCUACCGGUUCAAAAGUUAACUGCAGAACAAAAGCUCCAGGUGGACGAAGCAAUUCGCACAGCAGAGACAGCUGCAGAGCGCGGCGACUUCAGAACCGCCAAAGCGUCGUACAAAGAGGCAGUGACCAUGGCCCCCAAGAAUGCAGUCAUAAUCACAAAGUAUGGCCGCUUUCUGGAGGCGACUGGAAAAGUGGAACAGGCCGACGAGAACUACGCCCGUGCUCUCUUGUACGCCCCGAACACGACAUCGGCGAUCGAGGGUCGAGACAGACUGCUACCUAUCCUGGAUAGACGGUAUCGUGCGCUUCAGAUGGACAUAAGCCACAAGAAUGACGUCGUUGUGCAAGAAAUACAGAAACAUACAAGCUCCGCCGACGUAUCAAAGUUACUGUUGAACUGCUUCUAUCGCCCAUCUAUAUUCAGUAAUGGUUCGAUAGAGACAAAGAGGGGGGACGACGAAAGAGUAGGGAUGACCGAAGCAAUUGAUUACAUUCACUCAACUUUGGGAAGCGACAAACCGCUGCCCGAUGUCAAAGAAAUUCAUCAGCGGUUGCUCGGAAAGACCAAACCAAAGUGGGCAGGGCGCAUGCGCAAUGUUAAUGUCUUUGUAGGGCCUUACAAUCCACCGGAACCUGAUGACCUUGCUUCCAAGAUGGUGGAGUUCCAAACGUGGCUGACGUCAGAGGACACACAAGAGAUGCAUCCAAUAGAGAGGGCUGCGUCCGCUCAUCAUAAACUGGUCCAUAUUCAUCCCUUCAGAGAUGGCAACGGAAGAACGGCACGGAUGUUACUCAACGCAAUGCUACUGAAAUCGGGAUUCGUUCCGACAACGUUUUCCAAAAAUGACAGGAGGAAGUACAACACCCAUCUCAUGAUGUCGGACGACAGCGGACCAGCACACGGCAAGGCCUUCGCCCGACACGUGGCGGACGUUGUCAACCGCUCCCUGGACAAGAUCAUGGAGGAUCUUCGCGAUGAAAACUUUCCCGCUUGGUUGCAGAAAUGUAACUAGUAAUCAGAAGUCAUUGCGCAUGCGCCGCUACCACACGCUCUCCCCUAUCUCUCAGUCGUUUCCCUUCUUUAUUUCCCCUUUAACUUACGAUAUAAAACUCUAAUUGCAUCCCAUAAGGAUUGUAAAUGUACAAGGUAAGUCUGGAAGUUUGCAGGACCAAAACUAAAGCGUGUCAGCGAGAAACAAAACAUGGGAAACAAGCCACCCGAUUCGAAGGGCUGGGACGGCUGACUUACAUGCUACCGUCUCUGGCACCGCUAUCCACCUCGGUGGCACGUGAGUUUCAAUCUCUCCAGCCUACAAUACUCCUGCCCUACGCGGCCCAGCUCAUGAUGUCGGGCGACAGCGGGCCAGCACACGGCAGGACCUUCUCACGACACGUGGCGGACAUUGUCAACCGCUUCCUGGACAAAAUCAUCGAGGGUCUUCACUAUAAAAACUUUCCAUCUUGGUUGUAGCUUGUAAUAAUGUGAAGGUACGAUUACUUGACUUAGACAGCUUAACGCAUUCCUUCUAAUCUAUUAUAGUCCUGGAUAUGUCAUAAAGCACUAUCAAGCUAUGAGUAGCUACCGCUGUGAUAAUUGUGAUAAAUAUGUCUAAUAUGAGGCACCUGUGGCAGGAAUUGAAGACCUUCACCUUAAGUAAAAUAAUGUAUAGAUUCAAAAACAUUUGAGCUGCUUCCAGCCUAAUAUGUAAAAGCUUAAUAAGUGGUUUUAAAGUUUGAAGACCACUUGACCAACUGUCAAACUCCCACACUCAAGACAUGCUAAAAUUUUGUCAACGAUUAAAUUGUGCAAUAAAUUUGGAACAUGAA